CGCUGAUCUAUUUUCCUCCUCGGCAUCGUACGGUUCAUAUUGUUGUCAACUAGUUAAUCGGAAAUAAAGAACUAUCGCCAACAUUCGCCUGAGAAAUUUUCCCAAUCGGAGAGUUAAUUAGGGUUUCUGAGCUUCUUCAGACAAAGAAGAAAUUCCGUGAGAUAAAGAUGUGGCACGAAGCAAGAAGAUCGGAGAAGAAGGUGCACGAUAUGAUGGACGCCGCUCGGAAAAGAGCGCAGCGGCGAGCUAUCUACUUAGCUAAACGCCGUGGAGAUCCAAUUCAGUCGAUCCAAGCCGUUGGAUCUCGCUACCGAAUCUUCCGUGAUGAUGGUCUUUACCAAGCCACCGAGGAUCAACAGGGCCUGAUACCAUGGAAUGGGAAGCAGGAUGUUAUGAUUGAUAGAUUUGACGGUCGUGCUCUUCUGGAUUUUGUGCGUGAGGCUGGUUCGAGAAGCAUACGGCCACAUAAGAAGUCGGAAGAGGAGGAAGAAGUUGAAGAGUUUGUGAAUUUUGAGCGUUAUCGGGAUUUAAUUAAGCAUCGGCGUAGAGGAUUUUCUGAUGAGGAGGGUUUGCUACAUGUCAAUCAAGAGCUCGAGGCCAAACUUGCUGCACCCUUCCUAGGGACAAGACCACAACCAGCUCAACCACCUGCAAACAAAGGCACAUAUUCACAGGUUGGGUUUUCAUAUGCUGGGAACGGAAAAGAGGAAUCGUUGGAUGCGGACGAAGAUGAUGAUGACGACGAGGAUGAUGAGGAUGAGGAGGAAGAAUUUGACAGUAAUGACAGCGAUGAUGAAGGAAUGGAAAAAAUUGCUAAACAGUUUGGCGUGAAACGAUAUGGAUGGCUCGUUUAUAUGGACAAGAAGGCAAAAGAGGAAGAGAGAAGGCAAAAGGAACUUAUCAAAGGCGAUCCUUCAAUUAAGAAGCUAAGUCGCAAGGAAAGAAGAAAGGUCUCUAGGAUAGAGAGGGAUAGAGAAAGAGAAUCUUCAAGGAGUAUUAGAAGGCGUCAUGAUCCCUACAGGGAGUCUCGGAGGAGUCCUACUUAUGAGGCUUAUCCACGUUCAAGAAGAUCACGAUCCAGAUCCCGGUCAUAUUCUCCGUCAUACUCAAGGCGGAAUGGUCGUAGAGACCACUCUGAUGAGAUCAGCAAACCAAAAAUCGAAUAUAUUACAGAAUUUGGAGGCUCUGGAGAUGUAGCAAGUCCAAAGUUUGAAGGAUAUUCCCCACCGCGUUCACCACCAUCUCACACUGACCUCUUAACCCGACCAUCUUCAGGACAUAUUCUUGAGGCGCUGCAUGUUGAUCCUGCAUCUGGUGUAUCGCUUGAGAAAGACAAGAUUGUUAAACCAGCUAAACCGGCAGUGAGUACUACUACAGCACUAGCGAAGCUUUCAAAACCAGGUACUUCCUCAGGUGGAUCUUCAAAACAGACACAAGCGGAGAAGAAAGAAACACCCCAAGAACGACUGAAGAGAAUCAUGAACAAACAGCUAACAAAACAGAUUAAGAAAGACUCUGCAACAGAGACUGCUAAAAAGCGAGAACAGGAGAGGCAAAGGCUGGAAAAACUAGCCGAAACAAGCCGGUUAAGUCGGAAUAGACACAGAGACGAGCCUGAACAUAGGCUCAUGAAGCGGAGCCGAUAAGUUCAAAAAGUUGUUAGGUGUCAAUUUGUGAAUCGUCGAAACCUUUUUUUUUUUUUAACAUCUGGUUCUAAAGUUCGAGUCUAUGAAGCUAUGUUAAAUUAAAUUUAUUACUUGCUACUUGUUUUUCAUGGUUGGCUUUGUUUUGUUAGGAAAAUCAGUGCUAUAGAUUAAAUAACAAGGACUGUAUUGUGUCGUCUGCCAUGCGUUUCAUUGUGUGUGAAAGUGUUUUUUUUUAUAGACAGAACGUGAUAACACGUCCGUUCUAAUUUAAACCUUUUA